AAACUGCAGCGAGUCAUGUGACUUUUGCGUGUCACGUGACCGGAGUCUGUCGCGUCAUCAUCAUGGCGGUGUGUAUAGCAGUCAUCGCGAAGGAGAACUAUCCGCUGUACAUCCGGAGUGUCCCUACGCAGGGAGAGCUCAAGUUCCACUACACAGUGCACACUUCGCUGGACGUGGUGGAGGAGAAGAUCUCCAGUGUGGGCAAAGCCUUGGCCGACCAGCGCGAGCUCUACCUCGGGCUCCUGUACCCAACCGAGGACUACAAGGUAUAUGGCUACGUGACAAACUCCAAGGUGAAGUUUGUGAUUGUUGUCGAUUCUUCCAACGCAUCUCUGAGAGACAACGAAAUUAGAAGUAUGUUCAGAAAGUUGCACAACUCCUUCACUGAUGUAAUGUGUAACCCAUUCUACAAUCCCGGUGAUCCCAUUCAAUCAAAGGCUUUUGACGGUAUAGUUUCAGCUAUGAUGGUGCAGACGUGCUGAUCUCCUCUCUUUACAACUGUAUAUAUAUACAUAUUUACAUCAGUGUCCAUUGGGUGUUGUUUGUUUGGUGAAAAUAAAUAAAGAAUUUGUGUUUAAUAAAAUGA